AUGUCGCCAAGUAGACGAAGAGCAUGGUCUCAAGAUGUAACCACUAAAUAGGAAGAUGACAUAAUCCGAGAGCUGGUACUUGAAUACGGUACAAAGCGAUGGUCGUUCAUAGCUCAACUGUUAUCUGAAAGGGUUCCCUCAAAAGACAGACACUCUAAAUCUAGAACCGGAAAACAGUGCAGAGAAAGAUGGCAUAACCACCUCAACCCAGAGAUAAAUAAGAACUCCUGGACCAAAGAAGAAGAAAAUAUUAUUUUCAAGUACCAAAGGAUACUGGGAAACAAGUGGUCAGAAAUAGCUUCUUACUUGCCAGGAAGGUCUGAUAACUCCAUCAAAAACCACUUCUACAGCACCCUUCGGAAAAAAGCUUACUCUCUCCUAUGUUAGAAAGCAAUAUAUUGCUAUCUAAGCGAUCAAUUUUAUUUUUAUAGAAAUAUUUUGAUAUAGAAAUUGCCCGAGGAUCGGCUCCACACGGGAAAGAUUUUCCGUAUUGCCAGAGAGUGGCGCAAAUAGCGCCAUUCUCGGGCAAUUAGUAUAUAUAAUUAAUGAAUAAUGUAAUGCUAAUUAUUCUAAAUGCAUGACCAAUAUGUAGAUCGGCUACGGAAGACAAAGAGCAUGCAAUUUCGGAGUGUGAGGCUGACAGAUUAAAGAAGAAUUUAAACAAAGAUUGAGAGAAAUACUUAGAGAAUGGGGAUGAGAAUAAAAACUGGAUUGUUAGAGAUAGCGCUGCAAGGUGAAAAAUUGAAUGAAAUAGUUACUGAUAGAAAUUGUGAAGAGAAGAGACAAUUGGAUGAAUUGAUAAAGAAGUAUUUAGUACUGUUUAUUUGAUAUCAGGAAAGAGAUUUUGAGUAGUUAUAAAUUGAUCUGUAAAUACAAAGUGAUAAUCAAAUUUAAUAAAAAUAAUAAAAAAAUUAAUUUCCCUUUGUUGCGGUGCAAAAAUUUUGCUUGCUUAGAAACUUUAAUCGGUUCAGUAUGGACGAUGAAAGGUUCAAUGGGUCCAUAAAGGAGGUUUUACAGAACCAUGAGCUUAUGGGUGAGCUGUUGAAUUAUUCCACCUCUGAGUGGAGACUCAAAUCAGAAACGCCAAAUGAAAGGUGAAGUUCAGACGAAGAAAAAUCCGAUCCAAACGAGACUAAACAUAGCAGCAAUAACGUAUGUAAAAUAGAAACUGAAAUUGAUGACGCAUCCAAUAUUCUUUGCUCUCUAUACGAUGCAAGAGAAGAUUCUGCGACUUCAUGCCCAUCAUCAACCAGAUCAAGUGACUUAGAAGAAAUUGAAGAUUUAGUAACUCCAACAAUGUUUAUUAGGGCACUUUGUUCAAGCGCCAGGCACUUUGAUUUUUCUGAAAAAGCCAGUCAAAACGAAUGCCCAUUCGAAAAUUCCUGUGGCGGAAACACAAAAGGUUUUCAGCUUGCUAAUACAUUACACACUAUAGAAGCUUAA